AUGGCCGGCAAUAAUGACAGAAAGGAAUCAGGAAAGGCCAGAAUCUUGGGCUCGGCCUCUGCUGGUGUUUGUGAGAUUGCAGUUUUCCAUCCAAUCGAUACUAUUACCAAAAGAAUGAUGAGUAACCAAACACCAAUUACAACAGUGUCAAAAUUCAAUCAAGUUAUUUUUAAGGAGCAGUAUCGUGCCCCAAUAAUGAAGAGGGUUCUUUCCCUUUAUCCUGGUUUGGGAUAUGCGGCUUGUUACAAGAUUCUUCAAAGAGUCUAUAAGUAUGGUGGACAACCAUUUGUGAAGGAGUAUCUAACAAGGAAUUACAGAGAUGAUUUUGAGUCCUUGUUUGGUCCACACACGGGUAAGGCAAUGAUUUCGGCUACUGCCGGUUCGAUCAUCGGUAUGGGUGAGGUUGUUUUGCUUCCAUUGGAUGUGAUGAAGAUCAAAAGUCAAACCAAUCCAGAAGCCUUCAAGGGAAGAGGAUUCUUCACAAUUAUGAAGGAGGAAGGUAUCAGAAAUUUAUACAAGGGCUGGGGCUGGACCAUGGCCAGAAACUUGCCGGGUUCGUUUGCUUUGUUUGGAGGUAACACGUUUGCCAAAGAGUACAUUUUCCACUUGAAAGAUCACUCUUCUGCUACCCUGGCUCAGAACUUUGGUGCCUCGAUUUGCGGAGCUUGUGCCUCAUUGGUCAUUUCUGCACCAUUGGAUGUGAUUAAAACCCGAAUCCAGAAUAAGAACUUUGACUCCAAGGAGACCGGAGUCACUAUUGUCAAGGAUAUGUUCAAGAAUGAAGGUAUCACGUCGUUUUUCAAGGGAUUGACUCCGAAAUUGUUGACUACUGGUCCAAAAUUGGUGUUCUCGUUUGCUAUGGCACAGACUCUCAUUCCAGCUUUCGACAAUGCAUUGUCUAAGAAGCCUAAGAACGAUUGA